AGGAGCCCUCAGCCGAAGCUCGGAGCGCGGCGGCGAGCGUGGGAACGCGGACGGCGGCACCGAAGGCAGGCGGCAGGUCGGGCGCGCACGGCGGCGGGAUGUGUGACCGGAAUGGCGGCCGGCGGCUCCGGCAGUGGCUGAUUGAACAAAUUGACAGCAACAUGUACCCAGGGCUGAUUUGGGAAAACGAUGAGAAGAGCAUGUUCCGAAUCCCCUGGAAGCACGCUGGCAAACAAGAUUAUAACCAGGAAGUGGAUGCUUCCAUUUUCAAGGCCUGGGCAGUUUUCAAAGGGAAAUUUAAGGAAGGGGACAAAGCUGAACCAGCUACAUGGAAGACCAGGCUACGCUGUGCCUUGAACAAGAGUCCAGAUUUUGAGGAAGUGACAGACCGGUCCCAGCUGGACAUUUCCGAGCCAUACAAAGUUUACCGCAUCGUCCCAGAGGAAGAGCAAAAAUGCAAAUUAGGCGUGGUGACUCCCGGCUGUGUGAACGAAGUCACGGAGAUGGAGUGCGGUCACUCCGAAAUUGAGGAGCUGAUCAAGGAGCCUUCUGUGGACGAGUACAUGGGGAUGGUCAAAAGGAGCCCGUCGCCGCCCGAGGCCUGCAGGAAUCAGCUCCUCCCAGACUGGUGGAUGCAGCAGCCCAGCGCAGGGUUGCCGCUGGUGACGGGGUACACGGCCUACGACUCGCACCAGGCAGCCUUCUCCCAGAUGGUUAUCAGCUUCUACUAUGGGGGCAAGCUGGUAGGCCAGACCACCACCACCUGCCCUGAGGGCUGCCGCCUGUCUCUGAGCCAGCCGGGACUGCCCAGCACCAAGAUGUAUGGGGCCGAGGGCCUGGAGCUGGUGCGCUUCCCGCCCGCGGACACCAUCCCCAGCGAGCGGCAGAGGCAGGUGACGCGUAAGCUGUUCGGGCACCUGGAGCGCGGUGUGCUGCUGCACAGCAGCCGGCAGGGCGUGCUGGUCAAGCGGCUGUGCCAGGGCCGGGUGUUCUACAGCGGCAACGCCGUGCUGUGCAAGGACCGGCCCAACAAGCUGGAGCGCGACGAGGUGGUCAAGGUCUUCGACACCAGCCAGUUCUUCCGAGAGCUGCAGCACUUCUAUAACACCCAGAGCCGGCUCCCCGACAGCAGGGUGGUGCUGUGCUUCGGGGAGGAGUUUCCAGAUAUGACUCCCUUGCGCUCCAAACUCAUUCUUGUGCAGGUGGAGCAGCUCUACGUGCGGCAGCUGAUGGAAGAGGCCGGGAAGAGCUGCGCGGCGGGGUCCGUGAUGCCGUCUCCCGAGGAGCCCCAGCCGGACCAGGUCUUCCGGAUGUUUCCAGACAUUUGUGCCUCCCACCAGAGACCCUUCUUCAGAGAAAACCAACAGAUCACAGUUUAAGUCUCUCUCUCUCGGGCACCCCACGCUGCCCGCAUCUCACAUUUCUUUAUUACAAUUACUGUUGUAAUUAUCUAAGGAUGUAGAUCCCUCUGACCUGGGGUGGGACUCCUACCUCUGCUCUUAAUUUAGUAAGGGCAUCCUCGGGGGCCCUGCUCUGAUGCGAACGUGGAGACUCGUCCUACCUGGUCUGGGGGCUGCGACUACAACCUCCAAUUAGAGCACUUACUUCCUAAUUAUCAUCUGUUGCUAUGAUCUUUGCAGCAUUUUUUGAUAAUUGAUAUUUCCGAAGACAUUUGGAGAUCAAUGCUGCUUUUCUUUCCGUCUUUAUUUGUUCGAUUUCAUGGGGCUGAUUCAACCGGAAGUGUCUUUCUGCCUUUAAGCAUGUUAACAGGAUUUGAAAAUACUUAAGAUACCAGCCUCCCUUUAAGAAGGGAGAGCAAAGCUCUGGGCUUGUUUGGAGAAUGUGCGGUUCCCAGGAUCCGGUGCUAGAGGAGCACUUCCAACACCAAGUGUUCUGAUGUAUUUCUAUCUUCAGACCAUGACGAUUCUCCCUUUGGCGCGUUGUCGCCAGCCGGCUUGGGCAAAUUCGUUUCCUCAUUUUUGUAUUUGUCAGCCCCGAUAUCUCUCUGUUUUCUCCUUUCUAAGUGCUUUUGCCCUGUUUAAGGAAUAUUUGUAAUUUUAAUUAUCCCAUUGUAAACUACUUCGAAGCGUUUUUCUUCUUUUUAUAAAGUGGGUAAGCUAUAAACCACGAGUUCAAAAAAUAAUUGUGGAUCGUACCAGCCUUUUGAUUGUGCCUCAGGUUCAGUUACUCCCCUCACCAGCCCGUGGCGCCGGGUGGGUAGGCGGGCUCACAGGCCCUGGGGGCUGUGGAUGGCGUGCAAGCCGUCACCAUUCGGCGGGCCACGGGGCGGGCUGUGGCCAGGAGUGUGCCUUCCCCCAUCCCUGCCUCGCCCUGAGGUUUGAGAUGGCCCCACUGCACGCUGAAUUCUUCAACAGAGUCCUCUAGUGGGAUUUCAGUGGUGAAGUUCCAGUUUUAGUGAUGGAAGAACUUACCCUAUGUACUAGCAAUAAGAUGCAUUUGCUACCCAAAAUGUGUCAAAAUGUUUAUCCUAAAUCAUGAUGCUAAUCGAGAGCCGGGGUCAGACCACUGAAAACGAUGGCUUGGCUUAAGGGUGAGGGCAGUUCA